UUCUUUCGCUUUCUCACGUUUUCUCGGUUUAUUUUUUAAUUUUAAUUAUAAUAUCUUCUGGGGUUCUGAUUGUUUGAUUGGAGCUCUAAUUUCAUCAUUCAAUAUUGUUCUUUUGUGGGUUUUGGUAAUUUUCUCGUCUGGGUUUUGAUUCCAUUUUUUAAUACCAAUUUCUGAAUUUCCCUUUCUCACCGUUUCCGUUAUUCACUGGGUUUCUUCCAUUUUCCCCUUCGGCUCUCGUUUUCUUUUUCUACAAGCUCCAUCUUGUUCAUUCCGUUGUUUUUCUUCUGGGUUCCUUCGAGUUUUACUGUUCUUUGUUCAGUUCAAGAAAUUAUGUACAAUGAUUGGUUAAUGGAUUGUGUUUGAUAUUUCUCAAGCAGAUCUGUUUCUGAAUUUUGAUUUUUAAUUUCCUCAUAUGUUGAUUUUUAUCCUGCGUGGGUUUGGUUGCAGGCAAAGCUAAGGGUUUGACAAGAAUUUGAUUGUUUCAGCAUUGAGAAGAAACAUGAAGGGCCAUGAAUCAAAGAUGCCAAGAAUGGAGGACAUUCUUAACCUUCCUGUGCAAGAUCCUCCUUGUGCGGAGUUCUCUGCAGCUCAUAUAAACUGGAAAAAGGUAGAAGGUGGUCGCCAAGGUGGUGAUGAUAUUGCUUUAAUCCCUUUUUCUAGAGUAGAUGAUUUUGUGAAAGGAGAGUCUACUAAUGCAGAAUGCCCUGCUAGCUUCCGCAUUGAGUCCAGGAGGAAGAGACCUGAAGGGAGCAUCAGCAAACCGAGGGUUGAUGGCUAUCUGGAAUAUACUCUAUACUGGUGUUCUUAUGGUCCCGAAGACUACCGAGAUAGCGAAUCUGGUCUUGGGGACAGUUCAAAUAAUAAACCUGCAUCAGGGAAGGGUAGCAGGCCAGGGAGGCGUCACAUGAUGAGGGGCUGUCUUUGCCACUUCACAGUAAAACGCUUAUACACCCGCCCCUCCCUUGCCCUUAUCAUCUAUAAUCAAAGAAAACAUGUAGAUAAAACAGGGGCUCCAUGUCAUGGAAUACUUGAUCGGGAUGCUGUGGGAACAAGAGCAAUGUAUGCUCCUCGGAUUUCAGAAGAAUUACGCCAGAAAGUGAUGUCUAUGCUUUAUGUUGGAAUAUCUUUAGACAAUAUAAUCCAGCAUCACAUGGAGGUGGUGCAGAACCAUGGUGGGCCCCACAACCGUGAUGAUUUUCUCACUCGAAAUGAUGUUCGUAACAUGGAAAGAGUAAUCCGUAAUUCAUCACACAUGUUACUUGACAAUGAUGAAUGCAGUGUAAAAGCUUGGAUGCAACGCCAUCAGAAGCAUGUUUUCUUUUUCCAAGCUAACUCUGGUUCAGAACCAUUUAUUUUGGGGAUACAAACAGAUUGGCAGCUGCAGCAAAUGCUUCAUUAUGGGCACAAUGGUUCAAUAGCUUCUCAUUCAACAUUUGGCAGUAAGAAACUUAAGUAUCCUUUGUGUUCUUUACUUGUUUUUGACUCAUCCCGGAAUGCGAUACCAGUUGCUUGGGUCAUUACCUCUUCUUCUAUUGGUCAAGGCAUCCAUAAAUGGAUGGGGAUCUUUGUUGAAAGAAUCCGAACAAAAGAUCCCAGAUGGAGACCCAAUGCCUUCUUAGUAGAUGAUCCUUCUAUUGAAAUUGGUGUUAUCAGAGAAGUAUUUCAGUGUCGGGUCCUUCUAUGUCUCUGGCAUGUUCGUCGUGCUUGGAUGAGAAGCCUUCUGAAGAAAUGCUGUAACUUGGAUGUACAACAGGAGAUGUUUAAGCACUUAGGUCAGAUUCUGUACUGCACAAAAAACAGGCCAAUCAUUGUGGAUGCUAUCCAAGAGUUCAUGCAAAUAUUUGUUGACCAAUGCGCCUUCAUGAAUUAUUUCAGGAGACGGUGGUUACCAAGGAUAGAACUGUGGGUGAAUGGAAUAAAGACUCUUCCCGUGGCAAGUCAAGAGCCUAAUGCUGCAAUUGAGUCCUAUCAUCUAAGCUUGAAAACAAAGCUUUUCAACGAGUUAUAUGCUAAUCACUGGCCAAGAGUUGACUGGUUGAUUCACAUAUUGACAACCGAAAUUCACUCUUUUUAUUGGCUUGAACAAUACAUAAUAGAGACUGGAUACUUUGAAAAUCUGAGGGAUGUGUCUUUCACAACCAACUCAUGGUAUCGGGCCCUGCAUAUCCCAGAUGCAGAUGUGUUACUGGAUGAGCAAAAUCUCCAGCUCGCAAAGGUCAUUUCUCAAACAGACAGAACCCUGGCAUAUACAAUUUGGAACCCUGGGUCUGAGUUCUGUAUCUGUGAUUGCCCCUGGUCUAGGCUGGGAAAUCUCUGCAAGCAUGCCAUAAAGGUGGCAAUUUUAUGUAAAAGUAGGCAGGUCGCAAGGCCGUUAUUGUCGGCUCAAGUUUAUCGGCAGGCCUUGCUUACCCUUCUGCAGAACCCCCCAGAUGAUCCCCUGGUCCUUGAUCAUGCCAUUCUUCAUGUGACUCGCUUGCAACAAGACAUCAAAGGUCUAGAAGAGUUAUCCAACAGUGGCCUGCUCCAGCCUUUACCCCCUGAGACAAACUCUCAGAUGGUGGAUAAUAUCCCAAUUUUUCCUCGUCUGCACUGAUUUCAUCAUUGAAGAGGACAUCGAUAUUUCAUCUGGAAUUUGCUUUUUCACCCUUCUUCAGCAAGAGUUAGGAAUUUUCGUCUGCAUUGCUUGACAAACUUGAGUUUUGCCUCAAUGAAACCCAAAAUCUUUGCAUGUCAAGUGAACUUGGAAAGCAGGAUCCACUUCCUGAGCUGCAAUUUUGGAUGAUAGGCAGGCUCUGCAAAAGGGUGAAAAAGUACUAGGGAGACAUGAGGUUUUGAGGUGGCAUUGUGAUGGAUUUCCCUUGAAAGAAUACCAUGGCAUAGGCCUUUUGACAUCUUCCCAGAAGCAUGUGAAAUAUUUGUAGGGUGCGGUGCAUACAGCUUUUGUUGACAACCCUGCAGAGAAAGGAAGCAAAUUUUCUUUUCUUGAGAAAAUAGCAUCUUAGCUUGUUCUUUGUCUAUAAUUUCCUUCUUGUAUUAAGAGCCUGUUUGGCAUAAUUUUCUAUUUUUGACUUUGGUGGAAAGUUAAGGGCUUGUUUGGGAAUGUUUUUU